AUGAUCACCCUGGCCCUCUCUACCAUGUUCUUUUCUAGAGCCGCCAAUACUGGCCGGUCACAUCACUAUGUCCUGGUUGUACAAGUUAUGAUUGCUCUCAUAAACCUCAGCUUAGGAAUAAUAAUUAUGACAAAUAUAUUUUCUGAGGCACACAUUUCAGUGAUCUUAAUGGCCCCAAUUUGGGGGCCAAUAAUGUUCAUUAUCUCAGGAUCCCUGUCAAUUGCAGCAGGAGUGAAACCUACAAAAAGCCUGAUCAUCGCCAGUCUUACUCUGAACACUAUCAGCUCUGUGUUGGCUGCAGCUGCAAGCAUAAUGGGUGUUGUCAGUUUGGUUGUGGGUACAUUUCAUUAUAGUUAUGCAAUCACCAGGGUUCUUGUAGUGCUACCAUCAAAUUCUGCUGUGACAAUGACGGCACCCCCUAUGACACUUCAGCCAUUAUCAUCAUCAGAACACCAAGGGAAAAAUGUUCCAGAAAAUGUAUACAAGAACCACCCAGGAGAAAUAGUUUAAUUUUGAUGUGUGUGUGUGUUUGUGUGCAUUUCACUAGGAUAUUAACACUUCAUUGAACUGGCUUUUGGGGGGAAUAUUAGGCAUCCUGUAAAUAUGUAAGUCAAGCAUUUACUGGGUCAACAAUAAUUUAAUAUGUUACAUUCAUUGGAUGUACAAAGGGCAAUGAAUUGGCAAAGAAGUUUUGAAAGCAAACUGUAAAAAACAACCAACCAAACAGAAGACCUGUUAGUGAAGAGUGAAGACUGAAGUUUAUAUUUUUUAGGGGGCUUUUGCUAAAUAAGUAGAUUUAGAUGCUUUUGAUCAUGCACAAACACACAAAGUAUGUAAGACAAGAGGUAUAUUAAAUUACUAAUGAUAGCAACCAG